AUGCGCUGCUGGCUACCGGCCGCCGCGCUGUGGCGGCCGACGAGCACUUAUCAUCGAAGGUUUGAUGUGAGCGCGCCUCCUCGCUGCCGUGCGCGAAAAUCAGUCGCUAAUAUUAGCACGCGACGUCGCGCGCCUGACUGUGUACCACGUCGGCUGAACGCUCAGCGCUGCGCCGCGGUGGUUUUCCGGGCGAGGUCGCGCAGGGCGGGCGGCGCGCGCCGACGCGCCCCGGGCACCCUGCCUCUCAAUACAAUAUCUACCACCCACACAACAGGACGUUUCUUAGCUGAAAAUUUUAAUUCCAUUAAAAUUAUUAUAUUGUGUUCGGUGAAGUGCAGUAUCUGA